GAGAUAUUCUUAGUCUCAGUAUUGCUUCCAAAAUUCAACUGAUCGGAACUUCAGACAAAAAAAAUUCCCCAAUAUUAGCCUGAAAAUAAAACCAAAAGCAAAACUAAACUCACGACACACAAAAUAAUUUUAAUUUCUAAAUUACGUUUCAAUUUCUGGUUUAAACUCUUUUUUUUCCUUUGACAUGGCUGAUGGACAGGAGUCUGGUCCUGUGGAAGCCUCCUCAGAUUCCGCCUCGACGCCAGUGCGACGCGUGCAAUUCAGUCCCGACACCAAGCUGGGCCCUGAUGAGGAUGAGACUCCGUCGGACUCUGGCAGGAGCUCUCGUGGUCAGGCUAGGGGACGUGCAAACAGACGUUCCCCAUCGCUCUGUGUGUGGCAGCAGGACUUUGAGUCUCUGGUGAUCACCAACGAGCUGGACAAUGGGGAUCAGAAGAUGGUCUCGCAGAACCACGAGCAGCUGCCCUCCGUCUGCUCCCAGCUGUGGCAUGCGGAUGCCAAGCUCGUGGAUCUUCGCUGCCUCAAGCUGGACAUGCGCCGCGCCAAGGAGCAGUUGGUGUCUUUGAAUGCCAUGAAGAAGGAGUUGAAGACUCUGUACUUUGAUGUGGAAUUUCUGCAGCAUAGUCUGCAGGCCCUGGAGCGUGUCGGCAUUGCCACUCUGGACUCUGUGGAGGAGUGUCACCUGAUUUUGCAGCCCAAGGAUUUGGGCACAGGCGACGAGGGAGACUUUCCGCAGAACUGCGGCAGUGCGGUCUACGCCGAAUGGCCCUUGCACUCGCUGCCCAAGCUGAUGGAGAAUUUGAGGCGUCUUCGCAUAUUCUGCAGCCUUCAGGUGCACUUUAUCGAACGCUUCAAGAAUCUGGAGCUGUUGGCCCUCUAUGGCACCAUCUCGCAGAGCGCCAUGACGGGCGUUUUCCAGCGCUGCCGGCUUCUGAAGCAUUUGUACAUCAAGGCCGAUUCCGAUACGCCACUCGAUCUUAGCGGCGUGGUCAUGUGUCCCAUCAUUGAAGGCAUCUCGGUGCCCGUCAGCAUGUUUGCCAUUCAACGCGAACUCCUCGUCGGCUGCCCCCAUCAACAUCUGAUCGAGUUGUCCCAUUGCGGCCGGAAGAGCGGCCUGACUGUCGAUUGUCUGAACACAAUCUUCGGACUGAAGUCCGAGGCCAUUGAGGCCAUUCAAAUGGACUGCUCCUGGCUGGAAUCGGGUGCACAAAGCCUCGCGGCCAUGGCCAUGGGCCGUUGCACCCACGUUCGCAGUCUCGUUCUGGGCAAUUGCGACUUUUGGGACGUUGCCAUUGAAGGCCUCGACUUGCCGCAGGUGCAGCGUUACAUUGGCCUGGACCGUUGCCACAAUGUGACCAACGAACAGGUGCUCGAUAUGGUUCGUCAAUGUCCGCAGCUGCGAGAGUUCUAUGUGGUUCAGGGUGCCCUGCUGACAGGUGAACUGCUGCAUGGCAUCUAUCGCAUGCGGAUCGAAAAUGAUCCGGGCUACCCAUUGACCUUCAUACUGAGACACUGCACGAAACUCGUUGAGAGUUACAACACAAUGUUCUCGGAGUAUUGGGCCGGAAAGCAAGACAUUGUCCGUGUUAAGCAUGCUGAGGACGAUAUCAAGCCCAUUGCCGAUGUUCAAUUAUUCUUUCAUGGCUACGUUCAGGUCGUCACUUCCUUGGAGGAGAACAUGGAGAUGUCGCAAUAUGAUACAAGCGAUGCCUGAUCCAGAGUUUACACAGCGAAUUUCGAGUUUAAGUAAACGAAAUGCCUAAAUAAUACAGACAA